UCCAGAUCUUAUAACUUAACAUUUCAGGUUGGAUUUUCAUCCAUGUUUAAUUUCAAUUGCAACUCAUUUGCCUCUCGGCUAUUUUCUGGACAUCAUGUGAAGUAAUUGGGACAAACAUGACACCAACGUUGCAAAAACAAUUAACACUUUUGCUUAAUAUCAGAGCCGGCUGCUCAUCAAAAUCAGAGCUCUUACUGGAAGCGCAUUUUCCAGCUGGUAUCUAAAUCUUUCACCCUGCUGACAGAGGUGGAGGGUACAGUUAGAAUCAGGGGGAAAGUCCCUCCCUGCCGUCAGCCUCAGUAUUGGCUGGACCGGCAUCAGAUCCAGGCGAGCUGUCAGCCAAUCAGUGGAGGCGCAGAUGCGGGCAGAGGAGACUGUUUUACAAACGGGUUAACGGAAAGGGACAGACAGAGAGCCAGAUCCGAACCGGAGAGUCUGCAGGCACAAUCAGCUUCUUUAAUCAAAAAAAGCAUUUCUGCGAUUGUGUGCCUCAAAAAAUGGAGAAGAAAAUCACGGAUUUCUCAGGAAAAUGGAGAAUGAAGUCUUCGGAAAAUUUCGAGGAACUUUUGAGAGCCCUCGGUGUGAAUAUGUUCCUUAGGAAGAUUGCAGUGGCGGCGGCCUCCAGCCCGGCGGUGGAAAUCACCCAGCAGGGAGAGAGUCUGUCCAUCAAGACAUCCACUAGCGUCCGUACUACUCAUGUCUCCUUCACUGUGGGCCAGUCCUUCAGUGAGACCACAGUGGAUGGACGUCCCUGCACGAGCUUUCCUAAGUGGGAAACAGGCAGCAAGAUACGCUGUGAACAGACUUUACAGAAAGGUGAUGGGCCCAAGACAGCAUGGACCCGAGAACUGACCAACGAUGGAGAACUGAUACUGACAAUGACUGCUGGGGAUGUUGUCUGCACCAGAGUUUAUGAGAGGGAAUAAGGACAUGAGUAUGUCAUACAAUACUCCUGUGCCCCGUGCAUGGUUUACAUUUACUCGUCUUGUUUUCUUUUUGUCUUCCUCCCAGUCACUCAGAUGUUGGUUAGAUCUUGACAAAACUGCGCACUGUGUAGAAAAUGCUUCGGUUUACCUGAAUGCAUGUUGGAACAGUAGUCGCUUUUGUAUCACCAAGACUAGCUUAAUCUGUAUGUACCCUUCCUGUAAGUAACCUUAACCCUGUAUAUAGAAAUGUGUCACAUUCCUUUUUAAAAGCUGUAUCACAGUGUCUUGUAUCAUUUUUUGAGAUAAAAUAAACAGUUUUAUAUGAAUUCACGGA